UCCUGAGUUGUCACACAGCAAAAGGUUUACGUGUAGCUUAAAAAAAUUGCUAAACAUCCGUGUGGAAUUUUUAAAAUCGUCAGAAAACAUGAUCUACCGGUGUUCGAUAGUUGUGAUAUUCGUCACCUUAUUGCAGCUUGCUGCAGCAGAAUUCAGCGCCCAAGACUGCCGGGAGCUAGGUUUCAUCAAGACUGAACUUUUCUGCUCAUCCUGUGAUAGUCUCAGCGAGUACGGUCUCGAAGAGCUAAAGGACCACUGCCGGGAAUGCUGCCAAAAGGAUGUCGAUCUUGGUGGUGGAAAACUGAAGGUCUACCCCAAGGCAGUACUAGAAGUUUGCACCUGUAAGUUCGGUGCCUAUCCGCAGAUCCAAGCCUUCAUCAAAAGCGAUCGGCCGGCUAAGUUCCCCAAUCUGACCAUCAAAUACGUACGGGGGCUGGAUCCGAUCGUGAAACUGAUGGACGAAUCGGGCGCGGUUAAAGAAACCCUUUCCAUAACCAAAUGGAACACCGAUACGGUGCAGGAAUUUUUCGAAACCCGACUGACCAAGGUGGCGGAUGAUGAAGAUUUCCUGAAAACGAAUCGUGUUUGAAGUGGUGUGAGGCACUCAUUAGAAACUACUCUCAUUUAAGUACAAUAAAUACAAGAAUAAAAGAAUUGA